AUGCAGCUCCUCGUCGCGCUCUGCCUCGCCUACGCCAAUGCGGCCUACGUGCCCAGCCCGAGCAAGGGCUGCUCCGGCAAGGCCGCGGAGCUGCCCGUGACCGCCGGCGCCGAGCCCCAGCAGCAGACCAUCACCAUCCAGGACGCCUCCCAGAGCCAGGGCAGCAUCGACCGCACCUACUACCUCCAGCUGCCCAAGGACUACAACGACUCGCAGCCGGCCAUGCUCAUCACGGACCUCCACGGCUACUACGACACGGCCGAGGGCCAGAUCGGCGAGAACCGCCUCGCGGAGUACCUCCGGACCGCGGGCGUCAACGCGGUCUUCGUCGCGCCCGAGGGCUCCAACGACGGCGGCGCGUCCGAGUCCUGGAACGUCGACGGCAACGGCCUGAACACGGCGGCGGGCCCGCUCGGCGACAUCUGCGAGACGGACCGCUCGUUCUGGAGCAAGUACAAGUGCUACGACAGCUGCACCGCGGGCGACAACGGCUGCGACGCGGCCAAGGGCUGCAACAGCGCGUCCUGCAUGGACGACAAGGGCUUCCUCACGCAGCUCCUGGACCACCUCCAGGACACCUACUGCCUCGACGUCCGCCACAACCACUACACGUCCAUCUCCACGGGGUCGCUCAUGGUCAUGUCUCUGGUGAAGGCCAUCCCCGACCGCGUCGCGUCCAUGGUCGCCGGGUCCCACUUUUUGGGCUUCAACAAGAACCCGGAGACGAAGUCGCCCGUGGCCUACAUGGAUAUCCACGGCGUCCAGGACAACACGGUCCCCGCGAACGUGACGAACGGCUUCCACCCGAAGAAGCAGCGCGCCAAGGGCCACUGCGACGAGGACGCGUCGGGCUACUGCGCCGGGCCCGACGGCUCGGCCGUGUCCAACGACGGCUUCUUCUACACCCCCGUGCCCAACAUCACGCUGACGUGGGCCGAGAACAACGACUGCGACUUCUCGGGCAACGCGCCCUACGCGACGUCCUUCGACGGCGCGGACGCCAAGUGGCAGUUCUCCUGCAGCGCGCCCCACGGGUCCUGCGGCGGCGCCGACGUCGUCCAGUGCACGGGCGCCUGGGACCACACGUGGGCCUUCUGCCCCUACAACGAGUACCCGUGCGCGAACACGGACUACGCGCAGCUCGCGGUCGAGUUCAUGGCCGCGCACCCGAAGCUCGCCUAG